UAAUGUAUUCUUCUAAAAUAAUAAUCUCUAAAUGUAAAGUAAAAAAUAGAGGAAUGUUAUUUCUUCCUCUAUAAAUAGAAGAAAAAAUAGAAAUCUCUAUUAUAGAGGAAGAAAUAGAGGUGGGUUAUAACAAUUCACCUCUAAAUACUAUUAUAGAGGUGGAAAUAGCAAUGAGUUGGAGAUGCUCUUUGUGUUUUAAUUCCUAUUUUGUUAACAAAAUUACUUUAGUCCUUAAUUUUUGAUGACUAAAGUGUUUUAGUCUCAACCUAAAUGUUGGUUUAAUAUUGAGAAUAAAUGUUUAGUGAAAAAACUAACUAACAAAAUAAAGCUUUUUAGUUUAAAAUAGUUAAAUAAAAUUGUGAAAGUAUGAAAAUGAUUGUGGAUGAGAUAAUAUAUUUAAAAAAACAAUCUUAUUGUUAAUUCGAAUUGUAACGGUGAUUUCAAAACAGAACAAACCAUAAAAAAAAUUGAAUCUUCUAUAUUAAUAUUCAUAUAUAUGUAUAUGUGAAAAUAACAUAAAUAUGAUUAACAUUCCUUGAUAAAAUAAUUUCAUAAAUAAUUAUGAAAUUUAAAAUUUGCUAAUUUUUAAAAAUAAAAUCUUAGUAAAUUUUUUAUUUUUAAUAUUAAUUAAUAUACAAAAUAAAAAUAAAUCUUAAAAUAAAAUUAGCAAAAACUUAUUAUUAGUUAGUUAAUGAAAAAUAUAUAUUUAUUUAAAUAAUUAAAGCUAAAAUAUUGAAUUGAUUCAAAAGACUAGUUCGAGAUGCUUAGUUUUAUGAUGGCCAAUAGAGGUGGCACGAAUUGGAUAUCAAGGUUUUUAAAGGUAUUUGUAAUCCAAUCUAUUUUGUUCAAAACUUUGAAUCAACAGUUUUAUGUUCUGAUUCAAUCCAUAUCUACUCGGAUAUUCGAUGUUCGGAUAUCCAAAUUUUUUAUAUUUUAACCGAAUAUCCAUUUAAAUCUUUACAAAUAAAAUUAAAAUUAAAAAAUAUCUAAAAUAAUACAAAGAUAAAAAGUUAUUUAGUAUAAAAACACUAAUAACUAAAAUUGCUAAUUUAAUAAAUAAAACAUAUUGUAAAACUUACGUAAAGUUUAACUAUUCUAAUAUAUAUAAUUAUAUAAAUAUUUCAUAUAACGGAGCCCAUUCUUAAAAUAUUUGUAUUUAUGUUUUGCUUUUUUGUUACCUAUAUUGCAUUAUCAGUAUUUUCUUUGGUUUGUAGUGUUACAUAUAUAUAAAAUUUUCCAUUCGAAUCGAAACAAAUAACAAAUUAAAUCAAUAUUUAUGAAUAUGUUGGCCAUCCCUAAUGCCAGAGAAGCUAACACUCUGUCCUUCUUCUUUAUCAACCUAAUUAUUGUAUUAAGUUUCCAGUUUUUUCUUUCAAAAAGUUCAUUUUAACUGUAAAAUCUUUAAAAUGUCUAAAAACACUAAACACACAAGUAGUACACUAAAAUUUAAUAAUUGUUUGUAUUGAAAAUUUCUAAAAAAAAAAACAUAUUAAAAGUGCUAGAAUACGAUGUACGCUAUACUCCACCGUUAAUUUUCUAAAUGGACGCAACAACCAUCAUCCAAUAAUCAUCCAUGCUCCUAUACCAGCUAACAAUUAUUAACAAAACAUUUUUUAAUAUUAAUCAUAUAUUUUUGUUAAAAUACAACAGUAUUUAAAUAGCUAAAAUUAUAAAUAUUUAUGGGAAACUUGUUAGCCUUUUUAUUCUAGUUGAUGUGGAAUUUUUCCUUAAGAUUUCGGAUGAAUAUAUUGACUAUCAAUUUUAAAUAAUUAACUGAGUUUGAGUUAUAACGCAAAUAUAAGAUUCUUCCAUAAAAAUGUAUAAGUAUAUAGAAAAAUAUAAUUCUUUAAUAUAUUUAUUAUAAUUUAAAUAUUAUUUAGAAUACUUUUAUUUAUUUUAAUCUUUUGUCAAAUAACGAGGUAUAACAUCAAUUUUUAGAUUUAACUGAAUUGUAAAAUUUAAAACUUGAAAAAUAUGUUAAGAAAUUUUAGGUAUAUAUAAAUUUUGUCUUACAUAAAAUAGUUGAAAAUAAAAUAACAAUUUGAUUAUUACAUGAACCAAUUUAUAUAUAUAUAUAUAUAUAUAUAUAUAUAUAUAUAUAUAUAUAUAUAAGAAAGUUUCAUUGAAAAUAGAUAUUACUAUAAUAAGAUACUCUCUUUUAUGUUAUUUAUUAAAUAGAUCAUUUAGAAUAACAUAAACUAAAAUUUAAUAUUAAUAAUAAAAAUUAGUUAGAAUUAUAUCUAAUAAAAAAAAUGUUAGGUUUUUUAAAAUUGAAACAAAUGAGAUUGUGAAAUAAUAUUAUAUAAAAAAAUACUAUUUCAAAAGGUUUUUCUAUGACUCAAUUUAGAUGUGGAAAUCCAGACUGGAAUAGAACAACCAACAAAAACUAUAUUGGAUAUAGUUUUUGUUGGUUAUAGUUUUUGUUGAGCAAACAAAACUAUAUCCAAUAAAAAAAGCGGACGAUCUUGGGUAAAGCAUCUGCAGUCCUCUUAUGUGAAAUAAACAUUUGAUCCCGUAUAAAUUAGCUAAAGAAAUGACUAGUUUAGUUUUAGUCUUAGUUAAUUUUGUGCACUUAUUUACUUUGGUGGGUUCGAUUUUAAGAUACUUUUUGUGAUUACAUAUGCAUUGUUUUCGGUAAAACUUCCACGCGCAUAGCUCAGUUGUUUGAUCGAGCUGUCCAAAGCAACAAACACAAAACUAAUUGUGUGGUUUAAAAUGAAGCAGGACGUGUACGGUGUACCCCUACACAUAUCAUCUAAAAUGAUGAGUGUGAUUAGCAGGUAUGAGUCUAACUUAACUUAUAGAUAACCCAUAGAUAUUCGCAAUUAUAUCUAAUCUUCUAUGAAUUGAAUUUAGAGAGAGUUACAUAUAAAGACACAUUCUGUCUUUUGUUUACCUACGAAAACACAUUCCAUAUUUGACACACUUUUUGUGUACGGACGCCACUGUUGUGAACGGUAAUGACCUUCAUUUGGUGGAGAAACAAACAUGAGUGGGUGUUUGGUUAACAGUUACUUAUUUGUCUCUGAAAAUAGGCUUAUCAAUUAAUGGGUCUAUUUUAAGCCCUUGGAUGAGAUGCUAAUAAAUCAUAUCCAAUGGCUGAAAAAAUGGCAGUACAAAACUUCAAUUGUUUGAUAAUGACUCAUCAAGAUUUGAGUUUUUAAAAGAUUUGAGUUUUUAAAAGAUAAGUAAUAGCUUUCUUUUCUUCUUCUUCAACGAACAUAAAAAUAUUUACCAAUGUGUGUGUGUGAGUCUUUCAAAUGUUUUUGGUUCUCUCGAUUUUGAUUCUAACAGUGCUAUUAGAGUUGUCUUAUAUUUUGUAUGUUGGUGUAGAUGUUGAAGAUGAACAAUAGUUGUAUACUUUGUUCUAAAAAAGUGUGGAACGGUAGAGAAAGCGUAGAGAAGUCAAGGGUGGAUAAAGGAUGUGUGGACAUGAGUUAUGUGGAUUGGAUUUUUUGGUUUGGGUAAGUGUGAAUAAGAAAAUAUGGAUAGGAGAGUGCAUACAUGUUGUAUAAUUGUCAAUAGUUCUUUGGAUGUAAACUGAAAAAUUCGUAAAACAAAAACAAUCCACGAUGUCCUUAUAUGAAAUCUAUACAUGGGUAAACUACAAGAGGCAGCUAGUAAGAUAUACCUAAGCAUACGAGAGUAGUUAACAUAGUUUUUUUGUCUACGAAUAGUUAAUAGAGUUACAAAUGUAAAAUUAAAAAGGUUAUAAAAGAUCAAUCAAAAUACACUAUAUAGAUAUGAAAAAACAAAGUGUGCGUGUGGACAAGAGAGACAUGGACAAUGAUAGUUUGGAUAGUGACGACGUGGACAUGGAAAUCGUGGACAACAUUAUAUAGAUUGUUGCUCCACUAUAUUUCAACAUCCAUUUUAAUAUAGUGUUGUAAUUAAUUAAUAAAACUCUGUGGACCAACAAUUUGUAGAUACAUAGUAAAUGUGUAAAACGAUUCACUAAAGAUGAAAAAAAACAUAAACAAUGAAUUAUAAACCAAAGAUUUGUGGAUAUGUCUUUGUGGACAACAAAUGGUAGACAUCUUUUGUUAACAAAAAAAGUUCGUUAACUAAAUCUACAUAACAACUAAAAAUCAAUAAAAGAUGUAUAAAUAGUUUCUUAAGGUGUAGACAAAGUUUUGUGAUUUGUGGAGAAAGUUUGUGGAUACAAAAUAGUGUACAUGUUUUCUAGACAAUAAUUUGUGGACAGAAAAUGGUGGACAUAUUUUAAUGGACAUAUAAUAUUCUCUUUGACGUUUUGUCGAACAAUUUGUAGACGUCACAAAAAAAAUUCAUAUUAGUACAUAUAGAUGGAAACGAGUUUCUGCCGAGUCUAGUUAUUCUAAACAUACACAUAGUCAAAUGCUGAAAUUCUCACUUUUCUUAAAUCUGAAGACAAAUCUACAAUCACGAGAAUGGUCUCAAUUUUUUUUUGUUGAAUCAGUCUUUGAAACUUGUUGUGCUUUUGUUUUGCUUUAAUGUUGAUUUCAAGCUUAUGAGUUUUCUUGUUUUUGAUUUUCUGUGUGUUUUGUUGUUAUUCUGGUUCUUUGUUUAUUUAUUUUUAACAUUGGUUGAUUAUAAUAGUAUAAUUUUCCGUGUUUAAUAAUUUAAUAUUUGGUAUGAAUAAAUUUAUCAUGUUUAUGUUUUCUUUUGUAUCAAAAAUGUGAACCAAUAUUCUACUUUAUUGCUUUUGGAAUUGGGUUUUGGAUCCUAAUUUUUCUCUAGGCAUGGAACCAGUCUUUGUUAAUAUAAAUGAGACGACGUCAAACAUUCUUCCUAGUUUCAAAUUAGGAACGCAAUAAUACCAAUGCAUGCAUUUAACUCACUAGCCUUAUACCAUGUUUGGUGGUAUACUCUUUUCAAUAUACGAAAUAGAAACGUCAAAUUAAAUGGAAAAAGCCAAAAUUAUACAGUUUUAUAUUUUUAGUAAAAGAAUCUGUAAUUUGUUUAUCAGCCAUUUUGUUGUCUAAGUGAGUAACUGUUUUAGUUUCAACAUUAACAUUAUACUUCUCAACAGAUCUCUUAUAUAAUAUUAUAAUUGUUUUAAUAUGUGACAAAAAUAGACUGCUGACUCUUAUUCGUUUCUGUGUAUUCAAUUUUAAAAUACUGUUGUCAUGAUGUGUGUCUUUUUUUUUGGUAUAGUUACCCGUCAGUGUACAUGUUCUAAAAACAUUUCUAAUUCGCUCCAUAUUUCAUUUCUAAUUCACUCUAUAUUUUAUUUUAAAAUAGAAUGAAAAAUAAAAUAAAAAAAUAAAAUUAUUACUCCCUAAAUAGGAUAAAAAAAAUAAUUGUUCGAGACGGAGUGAAGUUUGAAAUGCUCUAAACACAAUUUGUCCAUGCCCAUAACCCACUUGUCCGAUCGAUCUAUCCAAAGCAGCAUAACAAACAGAAACAAAUUGUGUGGUUUAAAAUGGACCCAUGACGUGUAAUCAUCAUAACUCCUUUGUCUGAUCGAGCUUUCCAGAGAAACAACACAAAAAUCAUUCCCGAUUUCCGAAAAAAUAUAGAAAUUGGAAAUGUUUUAAUUUUAUUUUAGCGCAAAAUAACGAAUAACAAAGAGGCCAAGUCAUAUAAAACGAUGAGGGUUAUUGGUAGGUUCAUUGAUUUUAGUUGGGUUACGACUUACGAGUCUAACUUAUAGAUAAUUCACAGAUAUUACCAACCAUGCUUUAUUUUAAUUUUCUAAGACUAUUUUUUUGAAAAAGAAAAAGAAUUGCAUACGAGUUUAGUUGUGUUUUGUUAUGUUUGCAUUGUAAUUUUAAGAUAGAAGCUUUGCUAAAAAGAAUUGCAUACGAGUUUAGUUGUGUUUUGUUAUGUUUGCAUUGUAAUUUUAAGUUAAAAGCUUUGCUAAAAUGCUCGUGCAGCGGAUUAGAGUUCUGAAAAGGAAAUUCUGGUAAAUAUGACAUUGUUAUGUUCUUGGCUUUAAAAUUUGAUUUAUUUUCUUGGGUGAGCUUUGUUUAUUCGGUUUCUUUAAAAUGAUUUUUAGGAGUUGUAGCAUUAUAGUUUUCAAGUGAUUUAAUGUUGUGAUGAUUUGAAAUUGUUUUUAAUGAACUCAUUUCAGUACAUGGGAAUUCUAAAUUGCUCGUCUUUAAAAGCUAUCUACGAAUUUCCUUAUUGUCAUAAACGUAUCUCGUUGAGCCCAUCAAUUUCCUUAUUGUUGGAGAAGCCUUUCCAAGCCUCUUUUUUAAGCCUAAGGUAAAAGGACAAAAGCAAGGAGCUUUCCGUUUGGUUAAUGUUUACCGGUUUUUCCUUUUGGUUAAUUUACUUAGGGCCGGGUUUCCAAAAAGCCGAAUGCAAUCUCACUAUCAAUAAGAUUUUGAUGACAAAAGAAGAAAGGAGUUGAGAAACCCAUUUUAGGCAAAAGAUAGAUUGGGGAAUGAUGAGACAGGAAGACACUUUUGGCUCUUUCAUUAUUUGAAGAAAUUUUAAUAACUUUUUAGAUCCAUCUUUUCCAUUGCAACAUCCAAACAUAUCCAGUACUUGCUUCUGCUCCACAAGUUAAUAAUCUCAUCUUUUUACUUAGAUAUGAUUCUCCUUAGCUCUUCAAGUAAGGUUGUGGCUAUUUUUUUAGGACCAAAAGAUUUAUCGCAAGUAUAUAAAGACACACAACUUCGAUGAGAUGGACUUAAGGAAAAACAUAUCAUAGUUUCUAACUGUUUCUAGAUUUAGCUAUACUCUAGACAAUGGCAUCAUCGUCUGUUCCUGUUUACUUGGGAGAUGAAAAUCUGACACAAGAAACAAGAGAUCUGCUUUCUUCUCUUCCAAGCGAGAAAGGUUGGUUGGUCAGUCAAAUGUAUCAAUACGAAGGAAGUUGGCACACAAAAGCUAUGUUACAAGGAAUCGUGAACUGCCAAAAACACUUUGAAGCCAAAGAUUCUGACAUAAUCCUCGCCACCAUUCCUAAAUCAGGUACGACUUGGUUAAAAGCUCUUCUCUUUGCUCUCAUUCACCAAAACAAGUUUCCUGUUUCUGGUAAUCAUCCACUUCUAGCUACCAAUCCGCACCCCCUUGUGCCCUACUUGGAAGGAGAUUACUGCGUAUCUCCAGAUGUCGGUUUCUCCAAGUUGCCUUCUCCAAGACUCAUGCAAACGCACUUAACGCACCAUUCUCUGCCAGUUUCCAUUAAGAGCUCGUCUUGUAAGAUUGUCUAUUGUUGUAGAAACCCUAAGGACGUGUUUGUUUCCUUAUGGCAUUUUGGGAAGAAACUUGCUCCUGAAGAAACCGCUGAUUAUCCUAUUGAAAAAGCUGUUGAAGCGUUUUGUCAAGGCAAGUUUAUUGGUGGACCCUUUUGGGAACAUGUGUUGGAAUACUGGUAUGAAAGCCGCAAGAAUCCGAACAAGGUCUUGUUUGUUACAUACGAGGAGCUCAAGAAGCAGACCGGAGAUAUGGUCAAGAGAAUGGCAGAGUUCUUGGGAUGUGGUUUUACUGCAGAGGAAGAAGUGAGUGAGAUUGUGAAGUUGUGUAGCUUUGAGAGUUUGAGUAGUUUGGAAGUUAAUAGACAAGGGAAACUGCCAAAUGGAAUAGAGACUAAUGCUUUCUUUAGAAAGGGAGAGACUGGAGGAUGGAGAGAUACUUUGAGUGAGUCCUUGGCAGAUGUAAUAGAUAGAACCACUGAAGAGAAGUUUGGAGGUUCUGGUCUCAAUUUUUUUUGUUGAGUCAAUCUUUAAGACUUGUUAUUGUUUCUGAUUUUGCUUUAAUGAUGCUUCUUCAAUCAUGUGAGUUUGUUGCUGUUGUUUUCUUUUCUUUUCUUUUUUUCUUGCGACUGUGCUGUUGUUGUUGUUUUCGUUUUCUAUGAGAGAAGGUUGAGUUGUUCUUGUUCUUCUAAUACGAAUAAAAUGGAUUAUGUUUGUGUU